ACCCAUUAAAUUAAAUUCUCUGUAAGUCCUUGUCCUUGAUUCCGGAGUUAAAAUGAUUCUUGUAAGAACCAGACCUUAGAUUCUUCUCUGCUCUUAUUCUCUCUCUCUCUCUCUCUCCUUCCUUUUCUCUGUGCAUCUGAUUCUAGAGAUGGCGUUACAGAGGCAAAUCUUGAAGAAAACACUGCAAGAAGCCAAACUCAAGCUUUUGCAUCACCAUAGGAUCCCUCUUUGCUCUUCUUUCUCUAUGCUUCCUUCAUAUACUGCCCCUGCCGCCGAUGCCUCUCCUCCCCAGUUGCCGUUGUUCGAUUACCAGCCCAAGCCUUAUAAUGGACCCUUGGCAGAUGAGAUUCUACAGAAACGCAAGAAGUUUCUGGGUCCCUCUCUCUUCUACUACUACCAAAAACCACUGAAUAUUGUAGAAGGGAAGAUGCAAUAUUUGUUCGAUGAAAGAGGACGGCGAUAUCUGGACGCUUUUGCUGGAAUAGUAACAGUGUCAUGUGGGCAUUGCCAUCCUGAAGUUUUGAAUGCUAUUGUUGAACAAAGCAAGCUUCUUCAGCAUGCUACUACAAUCUACUUGCACCAUGCCAUUGCUGAUUUUGCUGAGGCUUUAGCCGCUAAGAUGCCCGGAAACCUCAAGGUCGUGUAUUUUGUAAAUUCUGGGUCUGAAGCAAAUGAAUUAGCAAUGUUGAUGGCGAGAUUAUACAGUGGUAAUUUAGAGAUGAUUUCCUUGAGAAAUGCAUAUCAUGGUGGAAGUUCUAGUACAAUUGGAUUGACAGCUUUGAACACAUGGAAGUACCCAAUACCACAGGGCGAAAUCCAUCACGUGAUCAACCCAGAUCCAUACCGAGGAAUCUUUGGUUCUGAUGCCACUGGUUAUGCCAAAGAUGUGCAAGAUCACAUUGAAUAUGGUACUUCAGGAAAAGUUGCUGGAUUUAUAUCUGAAACAAUUCAGGGAGUUGGAGGAGCAGUUGAAUUAGCACCUGGAUACUUGAAAAUGGUUUAUGACAUUGUGCGCGAAGCUGGAGGCGUCUGCAUUGCUGAUGAGGUGCAAACUGGAUUUGGCCGGACCGGAAGCCAUUACUGGGGCUUUGAGACACAAGGAGUCAUUCCUGACAUAGUUACCAUGGCAAAGGGUAUUGGCAAUGGUUUACCGUUAGGAGCAGUGGUGACAACACCAAAAAUAGCAAAUGUGAUGGCUCAGAAAAUUCAAUUUAACACUUUCGGUGGAAACCCUGUUUGUUCUGCUGGUGGCCUUGCAGUAUUGAGAGUUAUUGAUAAAGAAAAACGUCAAGAACACUGUGCCAAUGUGGGGUCCCACUUGAUUGGCCGCCUGAGAGCUCUUCAGAAAAGACAUGAAAUCAUUGGAGAUGUGAGAGGGAGGGGAUUAAUGGUGGGAAUAGAACUCGUGACUGACAAGAAGGAGAAAACUCCUGCCAAGGCAGAAACUGCAGUUUUAUUUGAGAAACUCAAAGACCUCGGGAUUCUAGUCGGGAAAGGUGGACUACAUGGAAAUGUUUUUCGAAUAAAACCACCAAUGUGUUUCACUAAAGACGAUGCAGAUUUUCUUGUGGAUGCUUUAGACUAUUCAAUGUCAAAGUUGUGAGGACCAAAUCUGCCAAAGGCGGAGAUGAAUGUGUAAUAAUCAACUUAACAUUGUUAUUCUCAAUAAAAUCCAGCAAAUUUCUAAA